AUGCCGGGCACUGGAACCGGGCGGCGGGGGUCAGCCCUGGCGACCGCCAUUGGACUGCGGAAGAAGACUGAAAUCGAUAUUGUGCUAGACGGCGAGGCGGAACUUGUCCACUCAUACUCCACCCAUGACAAGAUCCAGGGUCGCGUGGAAGUCAAGUUUGAAAAAGAGACAUGCUUCGACGACUUCAAUAUCACUUUCGAGGGCCAGAGCUCCACCUACGUCGAGCGGAUAGCCACCACAGCCCCUACCACAGGCCGUACGACAGGAAGGCAAACCUUUUUGAAAGUCCAGCAGCCAAUCAAUGAAGGGUUCCUUCCACCGGACGGCGUCUUUCGAGCGAACGUGACCUACACGAUUCCAUUCACCUUCGUCGUUCCCUACCGGUUACUCCCCUUUGUCUGCACUCACAGGGUCAAGGAUGAAGAAUGCAGAAAAGAACACCUACAACUACCUCCGAGCCUGGGAGACCCCAGCGUCUCCGGGGAAGGUCGCACGCUGAUGGAUGAUAUGGCGCCCGACAUGGCCAGGAUCAUCUACUGCGUUCGAGCCAGAAUCACGAGAUGGAAUGCCGUGGGUCGACUACUCGAGUUGGCUGACAAGUCAGAGCGCGUGAGACUGGUGCCAGCGCGAGACGAAGCACCGCCUCUGAUCAUCGAAGACACACAGCUUUCCCACCACGUCAUGCGGAAAGAGAAGAGCGUGAAGAAAGGACUGUUCAAGAUUGGCAAGAUCGGCCGUCUAACAGCAGAGACGAGUCAGCCCAGGAGCCUACGGAUCCCGCAUCCACAAAAGCGAUCAACCGAACCCAUCUCGACUAUGACCACCAUCAACCUGCGCUUUGAUCCUCAAACCCCCCAAGAUGAACCACCACAACUCGACUCGGUGGGGACCAAGUUGAAGGUCUACACCUUCUUUGGCGCCGCAGCUUACAGUCAACUUCCCGAGGCCGGAAAACACGACAACUGGUCGACGCUGCAUGGAGUCUAUGCCGAAACUGUCCCCUUGGCAUCGCGCCGUGUGUCCACCGUUUCGUGGCUCCGUCACGACCCGGCUGAACGGGAGAUGAGCUUCUCGUCUUCGGAUCUUUCCCGCCGCCCUUCAGCGUAUUCUACAUCUUCCACCGCUUCGAUCCCCGAGCCAUCAUGUUCCUACCAAGCCGGGAUGCCCUUCUACACUGCAAGUGUGCUUACCCCGAUUGCUCUGCCCCACGCCUCCAGCACCAAUCGACCCCGAGUAUUUGUGCCGACAUUUCAUUCCUGUAUCGUUUCCCGGGUUUACUCCCUCGACUUGGAUGUUUCCUUCCGCACUCCCGGGGCGAACGUUGCCAGCAGUCAUGUCACUCUCAAGACUCCAAUUCAGAUCUCGGCCGAGGGAGGCGCACCACCGGCUCGAAUGCAUGAACCAGACGCGGCCAUCGUUGCCGAAAUCGAACAACAAUUUAGACUCUACGAAGAAGGCCAGCUGCAACACCACGACCUCGGGAUCGAAAGCCCGGUUUACGAAGAAACGAAUUCGAGCCACGCCUUGGCGGGGACAAGGCAUAUGAGUCUCGUGCCAGAGCAUGCCUACACAGCGGCGCGGUCGGACAGUGCGCCCGCCCUAUUGUUAGAUGUCGAUACCAGCGCACCACCCGAGUACCACGUCAGUUCUGGUUUCAGCACGUACAGCGCUAUGGACAGGCCGGGCGGACCUACAACUCAAAACGUGAGUCUUCGACUUUCUGCCUAA